ACGAAAGUGACGAAGAGACGCGUGCGUGACUCUGACACUUCGUUUUCGCGAUUAAUUUUAUUAGGAACAAAUUUAUUAAUUAUUAGAAAAGAAAAUUAAUUUUGAAAGAAUCAAACGCAUUCUGCAAAGACGGAGGUGCUGCAUACAAAAACUCCCUUGAAGAAUUCAAGAAAUUUUUGUCACGUCGAUUGUCGAAUAUAGACAGCUCUUCCGAAUUAAAAUGGCUAUGAUCCGCCGAAUCGGUUUCAAGUGAUUCUCGAGUCCAAAUAACAAGGGCACUUCGACAACUCUCGCAAGGUCAAGAUUCUUCUGAAAAAUUACAAUUUUUGUCGAAAAAACACGAACAACGGAAGAAGAAAUGAUUCGUCAAUGCGCGUUGGUGCGCAAAAAACUUUGUUGAUCGCCGGAUUCUACACCCCGCGAAGAACACACGCGGGGGAAGGGAGAGGGUGGUAGAAAAAAAAAUUGUCGCGGCCUGGAGGGAUGCCACGUUGGGGUGCUUGGACUUGUUAAUAAUCCUUUCAAUUACGCUCUACACGUAAUAGUCCAGAGGAUUUAAAUCUAGACUAAUUGGGAGGCCAGAAUUCCUUGGACCAAAACAUGUCUACAUUAUCGGAAAACCAGUUUUGUACUAAAUGGCUCGUGUGAGCCGGUGUGCUGUCCUGCUGGAAGAUGUACGGCCUCUCGGAAGCCACGGUUUCCAUCCACGGCUUCAUUCCUCAGAAUCCGAAUUCAAAACACGAAGAUCGUCGGAUUUAAAUCGAGAAAGUGUUCUUGCCAAAAAUGAGAUCGUAUGACGGCGAGAGUAGUUCAACAGAGGAUGACGAUCGCAGAGAGAGUUUACCGGAAGCGCAUUUGCAACAGGGAUCUUGGCAACGCACCGCGUCGCAUCCUACCUGGGCUUGGGAACAUCGUAAUGCCCAUCCGCUGCCUCCUCAAUCUGCAGCAGCGCUCGAAUCUGUGUAUUCGACUCCGGGAGCUUCACAUCCAAGUGUCUCGGGCCCGCCAGCAGUGUACUCGUCGGAACACACUCAGAGUGCUCCAGGACGAAGAACUCCGUUGGGCGCGGUGGGUCUCGGAGGUUUCUACUUUCAACAACAGCCACAGCCUCAUACUUCAUCAAGCGCACUGUCCGACGAAAAUCGACCUGAAGAAAGACCUACUGGUUCCCGACUGAACUGUCCUUCAAAAUCGAAAACAACUCGUCAAGGAAAAAGCGUAAGACUGAACAUUAACGCGCGAGAACGCAGGAGAAUGCAUGAUUUGAACGACGCUCUGGAUGAGCUUCGUUCCGUCAUUCCUUACGCUCACAGUCCCUCCGUAAGGAAGCUCUCGAAGAUAGCUACCCUUCUUCUGGCAAAAAAUUACAUUCUUAUGCAAGGAAACGCUUUGGAGGAAUUGCGAAGAGUGAUAGCCGUUCUGCAGUCGCAACACGCUCACACUACUGCUUUGCCGCCUACGCCAGUUUCUUAUGAUCUAUUGCAAGGAUUCCCCGGCAAGCUGUUCCAAGGUGUGCCGGAUAUGCAAGGACUUCCCGCAAGCGACCCACAAAUCGUGACCGGUCCUCCGACUGAUGGCACGGUCGCCAGCGGAGAAUCGAAUUAAAAAAUCGAUUUUUUCCAAAUUGAAAAAAAAUCGAUCUUUUUUUUACUUUUUAUUCCGUACAACAAAUGAUAAACCAGGCGCGUGAGAAACAACAAAUCGCAGAAAUAAGAAGUGGAAAAUGAAAUUAAUAAAAAAGAUAAUGAAACCAAAGAUUUAAAAUAUUAAGAAAUCUUUG